AUGGAAAACAGCUGCAAACGUGGCAAGGGAUACAGUGUUGACUACACGUCGGAGGAUAAUAUUCCUGAUGGCGAGCUGGACGCUCCUGGGAGAAUCCGCCAAAAACCACGAAGAAAAAGAAAGUUCCUCUAUGUUGCCAUGAUGUCUGCUGACAAAUUCAUCGAUUCAAGAGUCAAAACUGCCGCCGAAACCUGGGCAAGUUCAUUAAAAACAUGGAACAAGGAUUCUGGCGUCGACGUGGAAAUUUUUGCCCAAAGUAACUACACAGGCGUUCCUCAUCAUAUCGUCAAAAUGCCCGGAAUUUCGGAUAAUGUCUACCCGCCUCAGAAGAAAUCUUUUUCGAUGAUGCGUUACGUCCAUGAUCACAAAGUAAACGAUUACGAGUGGUUUCUCAGGCUCGAUGAUGAUGCGUAUGUUCACAUAGAACACUUGGAGAGCUUGUUGAGAAGAAUAAACUCAUCUGAUGCACUGUACAUUGGUUCGCCAGGGUUUGGUCGAGAUAACGAUGAUUUCGUUGAGGACAACAUGGUCUACUGUAUGGGCGGUCCUGGAAUUGUCUUUUCGAAAAUUACCCUGCAAAAAUUGUCACCCAAGCUGGGGGAGUGUCUCAAGAAUAAUCUGAUGACUGAGCACGAAGAUAUCGAGCUUGGAAGAUGUGUUUAUCAUCAUGCUAAUGUUGGCUGCACCAAGUCUUAUGAAAUGGCUGCGCUUUUCAAGAAUAAUUACAAUGUGGAAGAAACUGACUCAGAAGGACUAAAGCCUUUGUUUGAAGAAGUAGCCGCUCAUUCAGCAACCUACCACGCGAACAAAAUCCAGGCUAAUCAAUUCGCUCUUCAUAAUACUGUCAUGCUCAAGAAAAUCCAAAAGCUUCGUCAAUCAGCAUCUGAGCUCGAAAAGGACGUUGAAAGAAUGAGAAAAGAAAUCUUUGACAAUUCGCCUUUCAAAGAUCGCAAAUUCUACAAAUUACCACGUGACAAAUCUGUCGUUUGGCAGCAAAUCACACAAGGGCGGCAUUAUUCUAUCGACUUCAUUUCUCGUGGUAUUCUCCAACCCUGGGUCAAUGUCGUGACGGAACUCGCGAGAGAAGCUGCGAAGGCAUAUUACAAGGAAAAUAAACUCCAUGGGAAGAUCGAGCGAAUUCACGUAGACCGUGUUUAUCAAACAACAUCCGGUACAGCGACCGAAUAUCUUACCAUGAUUGACAUGAAACACAUCAUCAAUGGAGAAGAAAAUACUGUCACCGCCGCUUUCAGAGCAAAGCGGUCCUUUUUAUCGUUGAUGAUGGAGGAACCCGGACAGCUUCAAAUGCCUCUUAUAAACAAUGCUAUCAAUCAAAAAUCAGACUACAAUCAAGAAGCAAAUCCAACUCCUGUCAAUUUUAUCAUUCCACUUUCUGGCAGAUCCGACGCUGUUCGUGUUUUCCUUGACCGAUUGAAAAUCGCUGCCCUUUCUCACAGAAUCCACAUCAACGUCAAAGUCGUCUAUUUUGCAAAUGAUGAUCACUCGACUCCAGAGGAUGAGAAGAAACUCAAGGAAAUGCUGGAUGAAGUAAAAGCAGAAUAUCCAAAUUAUUUAUUCGAAAUUCAUAACGCAGAUGGGCCAUUUUCAAGAGGAAAAGGGCUUCAAAUCGGAGCUGAAACUUGCCAAGAUGGAGAGCUUCUCUUCUUUUGCGAUAUCGACAUGCAGUUCACCGUCGAUUUCUUCCACAGACUCCUCGAAAAUACAAAGCCAGGAGUUGCAUACUACCCAAUAAUCUUCUCGCAAUUUGACAAUAAGCAUGUUGGUGACGAGUCGGACAAUUUCAAAAUUGAAGAGAUUAGAGGUUUUUGGCGCGAGUAUGGAUACGGCAUGGUCAGUUUGUACAAAGAAGAUUUUGAUAAAGCUGGUGGCUUUGAUGUUAAAAUCAUUGGCUGGGGGAUGGAAGAUGUUUAUCUUGCGUCAAAUGUUGUCAGUAACAACAUCAGAAUCAUGCGAUCAAACGAGCCAAAACUCGUUCAUGUCUUCCACGACAAACACUGCGAUCCAGACUUGUCUCCCUCUCAGUUAGACUCAUGCGUCAAGACAAAGUUCAGCCACUAUGGCCCGGCCGUCUAUCAUUAUUCAGUUCUCAAAAAACUGGGCACCUCUGCGACGAAAGAACUGCUAGGAAUCAAAGCAUAA